UCACCUGGCAAUGAUUGACACCCUGAUGAUGGCAUACACAGUGGAGACAGUGAGCGUGGAGAAGGUGAUGACCUGCAUCCGUCAGUAUCCAUCCUCUGACCCUGAGGUGGAAACACCUUACGACACAGACGACGCAGUGGCCACCUGGAUCAACGGGGUAAACGAGUAUCUGAAAGACUUCUUAGUCCAGGAGCAGAGGAAGAAGGAAACGCCGAGCAACGAGCCUGCAGGGAGUCCUCGGGUGGGUGUUUCUCUUCUUUCCUUUCCUUUCUUCUCUCACACACACUAACUACACAUGAACAUACAGAUGUCACCAGUUGAAUGGACUGCGGCAAACAAGUUAAGUGAAAUAUCAUUGGCUUCACUUUAUUUACUGUAGAGCGACGGACACCAGUCCAAGA